UGACUUACUGUGCACAGACGAGACUGAGAGGAAGCUGUGCUGCACACUGAGCACCUUUCUGUCUGUGUUUAUGUGAACAGCUGCAUUCUGUUUUUUUGUUUUUAUCUUUCACUUCGCGUGUGGCUGUUUCUUUCUACCUGUGGUGCUGUACUGGAGUGGUGAAGAGAGGAGCGUUUGUCCUCAGCCAGUGGAGCUCAGAUGGGAGGCAGUGCUGGCUCUGGCUGGGACUGGGGAUGCUGAACGGGGGGAGGGAGGGCCUGUUUGAGCUGGGACAGCAGCUCCAGCAGCAGGGGGAGUACCAGGCCGCCCUCCACUGCUUCCUCAGCUGCCUGUUGGGACUGACCCAUGUGCAGAGCUUCACCUCUCUGCCCAACUGCCUACACCAGAUUGCAGAGCUCUUCAUCACUGAAAAGAACUAUGGAAAGGCCCUCCAGUUCAUCCAGGCUGAAAAAAUGUUCUAUGAGGUGGCACUGAUCGAGCUCACGGCUCUUCAGGGGAGCACAGGGCCUCAGGAGGAGGCUACUCUGGGCUCUGCAGGAUGGACAACUCCAGAGGAGCUUUCGGAACAGGCCUCCCAGGCUCAGCACCUCGAACGGCUGGCUCAGCUCUGCAUCAUGAGCAAACAACCUCACCUUGCCCUGGAAUACAGCGGUAAGGCUACAAAGAUCCACCAGAGGGCCUUUGGUAACGAUCACCCAAUUACAGCCAGAAGCCUGGAGCUUAUGGCCACCGUCUAUGCUGAGAUUGGCAAGACUGAAUAUUCAGACUCCCUGGGUCAGUGUGUGUCUGCACUGUCCAAACGCUUCGCUGCUGCAGAGUCCAUCAGAGACACUGUCAACUGUCUUCCUCAUUCCCACCGGGAGAAACACUCAGAGGUCCGCCACAGAAAGGACACCCACCACCAACAGGAGGACACACCGAAACCUAAGGUAACCAACGGCAAAGUCCCCACCUCCAUUCUAAAGAGGCCAAGCCCCAUCUACGGGUCAGACACAGAACCCAACCACAGGCGGAAAGGCGAGCGGAGGGUUCGAUUCAGGGAGCCAGAGACCACAGUACAUGCCUAUGAGACGUCACCGUCCCGCCCCCACCUCGCCCUGUUCACUUGCCUCUUCCUGCUGAUGUCAUUCCUGGGUGUGGCCAUGUACUGCACAGACCGCCGGCGCCCACAGCGAGUGUGCGAGGAGCUAGAGGCCGCUUUGGCUGUCUACCUGCUGCAUAUGAAACAGCUUCUGUGGGGCUGCUGGAUAUGGCUGACCAUGCAGUGACUGAGACUGACCACAGGUGGCAACACAGAGCCUACUUUCUUUUUUCUUUCCUUUUUCUUUUUUUCAGACCCCUCUUUUUCCUAUCUUUGAAGGUGCCCAGGCCUACACACACCUCAGCCAUUUGGCAUGGCUCUGUACACUGUCUGUGGUGUUGAACUACUCUCACGGUGAUAAAGGGAAAAAUAUAUGAUCCCAGAAAUAUGUAGCUUCCAUGUCUGUAUGUAUAUACGUAUUAAGGUGGUGGGUAUGUCACUACCUUAUUUAAGUUUUAAUGACAUUUUGCACAUCUGCAAUGUUGAUGCUCACAUAUAACGCUCACUUAAUCACCACAACCAUGUGACUUUUUUUUUUUUUUCAGUUCACGUCACAGUCUGUUGUAUGUGAGUGAAUGUCUCCAUGGAAUGCAAAUAUUUAUUUUGUUACAGUACAAGAUUUGUGUACGCCGGAUAUUACACAGAACUGAAUGUGUAUAUAUGGAUCAAUGUACUAAGGACUAUCACAAUAUUCAGCCUUGUAUUUGCACAGAAAUGAAUGUAGAGAUGUUUGGAAAUGGCUUUGAUUGGCACAGCGCGCAUUCGAGCGGCGGAGGAGGAGGAGGAGGAGGAGGAUGGAAGCACAAAUGUGCAAACUGUUCGAUAAUGAUCCAUGAGAAGGUAAACACAGGGCUGCAUCACUUCACAGGUUGAAUGACUAACAGGUUUCUUUUCAGACUGUCUGUUCGUCUGUAUGGCUGACUGUCAGCUGAUUCCUGGUUCCACUGAGGAGAAAAUCUGCAGCACAAUAUUAUCUAUCAUCCAAGAGAAUAUACUCAAACAGAAUGAAUGCUAAUGUUUCUCUUUAUAUCUGCUUGAAUCCCACAAAAUCUUUUAUCCUAAAUGUUAUUUAUUCUUCUAUACUGUAUAUCUGCAUCUACGCAAAUAUCCAACUUUCAGUCAUUUAAAAUUUUUAAAACUU